AGUGGUUCUGGGGCUUUCAGCUUUCUUUCCUUACAACUUAGAAUCAGUAAAGAAUAAAUCUUCAAUGGCUUUGCAUUAUAAAUUUUACUUUCGCUGUAAGGUUUCUGUCGAUCCCCUAAGCUUGGAAGCCUCUCCACGCCAUUUCAAUCUCCUUUUUGUUACCAAUCGAAGUCAUUCCACAUCUCAUUUCCAAUGCCGUCCGAACAAGAAACGCCUGUUCUGGAAGUAAACCAGAAGCUUCUCCGGCAGCUUGAAGAGUUUGGAUUCUCACUGGCCCGAUCAGCACGAGCCCUUCACUAUUCUGGAAAUUCUAGUCUUGAGGAUGCUAUAAAUUGGAUCAUUAAUCACGAGAAUGAUGCAGACAUUGAUGAAAUGCCCUUGGUAGCAGUCAACAUAGAAAUUGAGUCUCUUGAACCUGACCGUACAACAGAAGAAAUCAAAAUGAAAGCACAGGAAUUAAGGGAUCGAGCUCGCCAGAAGAAAGAAGAAGAAGAAAAGAAAUUGGACAGAGAAAGGGAGAAGGAAAGGAUUCGAGCAGGUAAAGAGUUAUUUGAAGCAAAGCGAAUUGCAGAGGACAAUGAAAGAAAACGCUUCAUAGCCCUAAAGAAAGCAGAGAAAGAGGAAGAGAAAAGAGCUAGGGAGAAAGUUCUUCAAAAACUAGAAGCGGACAAGUUAGAAAGAAGGCAGAAGCUUGGACUUCCAUCAGAAAACCGUGCAGGUGUUGAUCGCUCGACGCCUGUUGUGCAAGAUAAAAUGAACUCUUUGCCUGUUUUGCAUAUGACGAAGCUUGACCAUAUGAGAGAAUGUUUAAGGCAUCUCAGACGCAAUUACAAGGAUGAGGAUGCAAGAGUCAAAAUGGCCUUCCAAACUCUGUUGAUUUAUGUCGGAAACGUUGUAAAGAAUCCUAAUGAGGAAAAAUUCAGGAAGAUUCGAUUAAGCAACCCAUUAUUCCAGCAACGAGUUGGAAGUUUGGAGGGAGGAAUUGAGUUUCUUGAGCUUUGCGGCUUCGAGAGAAUUGAAGGGGACAACUUCUUGUUUCUUCCCCGUGACAAGGUUGACAUGGCAGCAUUAAACUCAGCUGGGUCCCUAAUAAGAUCUGCAAUAACAAAUCCUUUCUUCGGACUUCUCAGUGGAUAAGAGACAUCUGUAUUAUUAACUAGCUCCAAAAACCAGGAAGAAAACUGGAUACAGAAAACUAUGCAUCUUUCAUUAACUACCAUAUUGUGUAUGCUUCUAAUAUUCGGAAAAAGAAAGUAAAAUUUCACCUCCCAGGAAAAUUAAUUC